CCUCUAGCGGUAUUCUACAGCUGUUUAUUUUGAUUUCGCUUUCACGUUUAGAAGAAAUCAUUCGGGUCGAAAUUGGCACUAUUUGCAUCACACAUAAUAUUUUCAGGAAAUCUAGGCACUGGCAAACUUUAUUUCUUCCAUUUUGAUUUACUUCCCGAGAUCUUAUGAUACGGCUCCGUAAACGAUCUACCAGGAGAUAAGAGGUCUUCCGCCCGUGCCAAACAGGAUGCUGGCGACGUGAUAAGAAUCUCAUUGGCACAGAUUACGGGCACCGCUUUUGUCUGUUUACUGACGGUGUUCCUAGACCGUAUACAACAGGUGCACGUCUUCAUACAAUGGCUGAUCUGUACCUUGUCCAGGCAGGUAUUGUCCUGGUCUCUGUUGUGUUGGCUGUCAUCAGUGUCACUCAAGACACCUGGGUCCUCGGCUUCGGACACAGUACUCCCGCUGACCAGGACUUCAUCUACCAGAAGUUUGGCCCCUGGGGGGUCUGCUUUACUGGCUGUGUCCAGUGUGACCGACAAUAUACACUGGAGUGUAUCACUGUGGACAUGAACACUUUGGUCUUCACAUAUCUGAAGUUGGUGCAAUUCUUUGAAGUGCUGUCAUUGGGUUUUCUGGCAGUAGGGGGAGCCAUGUGUCUCAUGCCCUGCAAAUUCCAUGCACAAAGAAAAUUUGGACGGAUCCAAGUUUUCUUUAUUUUUCUGGGAACUGUCUUCCAGUUAUCUGCAGUUGCUGUAUUUGGUUAUAAUGCCCAUGCAAACUCGGCUCCACCAGAGGGCGCUGAUAUCUACAGAGUUUACGGCUGGCCCUUCUAUGUCAUCAUCGUGGUGUUACUGAUCCUGGCUAUGGUAUCCAUCCUAGCUGUUAUAACAGAAUAUAAACAGACACAGCUGAUACAGGAACCUAAUGAGACAGAGACAAGACUUGGAUACCAUGCAUUCUAUAGCUCUGAUGACGCAGUUGGUGCAGUGGUGUGAAGAAAUAAGUGAGACAGAGACAAGACUAGAGUACCAUGCAUUCUACAGCUAUAAUGUUACAGUAAUUGCUGUGGUGUGAAGCAUUUUGGGAGGAAAAUUCUUUUUGUGGAUCUACAGUUUUGUAUUUGCGGGAAGUUGUGAUGCUGUGUAACAUGACCCUCAGUGACACUGACUGUUUUAUUUUCUUAGCCUUAUAGAGAAAUAUCAUUUAUCUCUUGUAGACAGGCAGCCACAACCUGUAUAUUCAUGCAGUGGCUUUUACCAUGCUCCAAGGAACAGCUGUUGUCGCAGCUACAGAGAAGAAACUCGCUGGAUGGCUAACUCUGAACAGUCAGUGUAACAGGAGGUGCUAGAAAUGAUUGUGACAGAUAUUUAUUACUUAUACAUGUAAAAUGAGUUUUUUUUUUUUUGUGAAAGUUAAAACACAGUUAUCUCCUGCGUUCUCAGGCUGUUGGCCUGUGUUUGUGUGUGCCAUUCAAAUAUAGCAACUUCAAAAGGGGCUGAUCAACAUAUGGAAGACAGGAGCGGGGACUUGCUCUGAUGGGUGUUUUGGAUGAUUUUGGAAACGGGUAAUAAGAUGAACUUUUUAAUGAAACAUUUCAACUUUUUCAGGAAAAUUUUUAAUGGCAGACUGUAUAUUGUUUUCAGUUUUUUCAGACUUGUUUAUAAUGGAACAUAUAAAAUUGGUGCUUACUGUUUAUUUUGUAUGGUAUUGUUUUAUCAAUUGCUGGCGAGAAUAUGCCAUGUAAAUAAAGACUGAAAUGUUCAUGAAGACAUCUAUAUUGAUCGUCCAUGUGAACUCAGACUUAAUCACAAUGUUGACUGUAGAAGGCAGCAGGAACAGGAGGAUAUUGAUUUAUUUAGAGAGCUUUAAACCAGCUCAAAAGAUGAAAUUUGAUUUGAAUAUUUAUGAAAAAUAAAAUUUCUAUGCACUGCCGAGCUCAGAUAUGCUA